AUGAAUGUGGCCAGUUCAAAAGGCUCCACCUCUAAAGUAGACAGUUCCUUCCUGGAGCACAGCUGGAUCUCUGUCUCAGUGGCUCAGUCUCAGAAUGUGAAUGUCCAGCCUGGUCAAAGUGUCACACUGAGGUCCCCCAUACUGAAUGCUAACACUGUGAUGACCUGGUCCAGACUGAUCAAUAAAACCACAGCCAGCUGCAUCUGUUUAAUGGCCAGAUCUACUGAUAAAGCUCAGUUCUGUGGUGGAUUCAAUAAUGGAACCUUUCAAGUGGAAGUCAAUACAACUGGAGUGUUUCUCACAAUCAAAAAUGUUAAUUUAUCCGACUCUGGAAUCUAUUUCUGUGAAUUUUUCAACAGAGGAAACAACGUUUACUAUGUGAUACAUUUAAACGUAAACGGCAGUGAGGAAACUCAGGACGACUUGGACACAAUGUCUCAAAAGUGUAAUAAAACUGAUGGAACAACAUAUGUGAUGAGCUUGAUCCUCGGUGGUCUGACUGUUUUCCUUCUCAUGGUCGUUACGGGUGUGAUUGUUUCACUCGGAAAACGUGAAGCAGAUCCACAACUCCAUGAGAAUGUGGACUGUGACGACCUGAAGGCUGCAGCACUGAGUGUGUUUUCACCAGCAGUAAGAAGCAGGAGACCUGCAUCACAGAGACAAGUGGAGACUCAUGUUACUUACGCUGCCAGCAGAUAGACUCACAGAGCAACUGCUGCUCUUAUCAGACUGAUCUACUGCUGUGUUCUGAUGGGAACUUACUGAAACUAGGGAGAAAUGAGUGAGUGAACAUACAGACGUGGUUCAGGUCAUGAUCCUCUCAUGUCUCACUCCAUCCUCCUAUUAUGACCUGACUUUGGUGACAGACUGAUGAAGGUCUGCAGCAGAGCAGGGCUGAGUGAGACACACAUCACUAGUUUGACAUAAAGAGACAAUACGAUGUAGAAAAACAAUGAGGCCUGUGAACUUGAUAAAAUGUAUGAGAUGAACCAAUACACUGUGUCUGACUUUGUUGUGAAACUCAAAAUCUUAGUUUGCACAUUACUGUAUUUACCAGUAGAAAUAUGACCUGAUGUUAAUGAGCUACACCUCUAAAUAAAACACUCAGUGAUAAAAUGGCUGAUGGUGU